UUUUUUUUUUUUUUUUUAUUUUACAGAAAAAUAUAUUUUCGUUCUUAAUCUAGAUAUUUUCUACCAACAAUAAAUAUCGACUUACAAAGAGAGAACCGCAACAUUCGAUUCAUAAAACUACCACUCAACCCUUCCCAGUCUUUAAUCCUAUAAAAAAAAACAACAAAAAUGCGUACAGCUUUCCUCUGCCUUGCAGCUCUUGCUCAGUUCGCCCUUAACGCUGCUGCAACCAGUCCUAUCACAGUCCCUCUCUUUAGACGUUCCGACGACGGUGGCAUCUAUAAAGCUGCCGGUAAAGCCCUCGAUAACGGUGUGCUCGCUGGUAAAGUUAAGAUCGGUAACCCUCCUCAAGAAUUUACUUUUGCUUUUGAUACCACGACCGGUUAUUCUUGGGUGCGUGGAUCUAGAUGUAAAACUGAUAACUGUCGUGGCCGUUGUACUUACUAUGCCCGUAAAUCAGAAGAUGCUGUUUCUUACGGCAAGAAGUUCUCUGUAGAAUACGGAGACUCUUGUGUCGACACUCACGUCUACACCGAUACUUUUGAAUUUGCCGGUCUCACCGUCAAGGACAUGCCCUUCGGUGGUGCUUACCGUAUGAGCGGUUUCGGUGAAGGUUUUGAUGGUUACCUCGGCCUCGGUCGUGACGUUGAUUUCAAUGAAACCAAGAUCCACUCUUCCGCUUCUGGUGGUUUGGCUAAACGUGACAUCCCUGUCGCUGCCUCAGGUUUCGUUCCUAACGCUUUCCAAUCUGGCACCGGUCUUGCUAGUGCUCAAUUCGGUAUGUACACCACCACUACUGGUAGUGGUUUUGAUCAAAGUGGAGCCGCUGCUACCACCGACCCUACUACUGGUGCUACUAUCGACCCUAAUGCCAGCACCAACACUACUCUCACUCCUGGUGCUACUCCCAAUGUUCCCGCUGGUACUACUACUACUACACCCACCGACACUACUACCCCCGUUACCGACGGUGGUGUUACAUCUGGCGGUUUUGGUGUGAUGAAGCGUAACAACAAGGAAGAUACUGAAGAACCAGCUGGUUACCUCGUUCUCGGUGGUGUUGACACCAGUGUUAUUGAAGGUGAUGUCAACUAUCUUCGCUUAUCCGACAACCCAGAUGCACCUGCCAAGAAUUGGGAUAUCUGUAUUCGUCAUGCCAGUUUCGGCAGCUUGAAGUUUGCCCAAGAAGAAAAUGCCAUUGCAUCUAUCAGUACAUCUACCAGUUUCAUUGUUAUGCCCCCUACACAAGCCGAUGCUUUCCACGAAAAGUUCGCUGCCAAGUAUGAAUAUGCCACCAAGUCUUACAGCAUCAAGUGUUCCGAAAUCAAGAACUUGCCUACUCUCAAGAUGACUCUUGAAGACCACAUUGUUGAACUUCCUCCCAAGUAUUGGACCGCCGUAGUUGAUGCUGACCGCGAUUGUUGUACUACCAAGAUUAGCCGCGGUAGCUCUGAUCGUGAUUGGGUUCUUGGCACUGCCAUGACAAAUGCAUUCUACACCACUUUUGAUCCUGAGGCUGAAACAGUUGGUUUGGCCAUCAAGAAGGGUCAAAGCAAGGAUGGUCUCAGAGUCUACAGAAAGUCUCAUUAAACUGAGUCUUUUUUAUUUUUAUUUUCCCUCUCUUAAAUGAUGAAUGUACACCCACCAAAACCCAAAAAAAGAAAAACUAAAAAAAAAAAAAAAAAAAAUCCCCCUUUCAUUCUACUACUUUCUCUUUUUUUUUUAAAUGAAAAAUAAUCAAUAUAUUUCCUGUUUUUUUAUUCCCUUACACACCACUUAUUUUGUUAUAUUAAUAACCUCCAUUUCGUACUCUGAUACAUUAUUUAUGAAUAUUUAAUAAGAAAAUACAUGUUACAUAUUGUCUUUUUUUUU